CAGCGUCUGGGUGGACUCUCUCUCCCUCACUCCACCCUCGCUGGAGGGAAGGGCGUCAGGCGGAGCAGAUUUACAGCCGUCUCCACAUCCACGAGCUCAGCUCUUUCUCUCAGAGAUCACCGAGCCGAGAGUCAUGGAGGUCCGCCUGCUGCUCCUCGUGUCCUCUCUCUCCGUGUUUCACUUCAGCGGUGCUGAGCAGCUCGUGCAGGAAGACAUCAUUGUAGCAAGACAGGUGGAGCUGCUCGGCGGCUGGACUCUCGCCAGUCCGGAGAGGGAAGAUGUUCAGGAGGCUGCUGAAGAAGCUGUCGAGGUCUUCAACUCCAAAUCCAAAGCUAAGAAAUACUUCAGACUCCUCAAUGUCACAUCGGCCAGCACUCAGGUGACAAAUAAGAUGAACUACAAAAUAGAGGCCACUCUUGGAAAGACAAAAUGCAGCAAAUCAGACGAUACAAUUAUUAAGGCUUGUGGCAUGACCAAAAAGCAACUGGCGUGUAAGUUUGAGGUGAGCCUCGACCUGAUGACCGAUGAUCAUGAGGUGCAGAAGAUGUCCUGCAGAAGAUCUGCUUGAACUUCACAUGGACUCCAAGUUGUGACAGUUUUGUACCUUUGGAUAGCGGACCACAUAUUCUUUAUCUUAUUUUUUUUCUUUCUUUUUUCUGAGAUUAAUUUGAUCCAAAAUGGAAUUAUUUAAUUUCUAAAAAACUAUUUAAGGAGAAAUUAAUUUUAGUUUGAUAAUUAUUAUUAUUAAUGAUUUUCUUUGUUUUUUUUUAUUAAAUAAAUUAAUAAAUUCUAUAGUAAAGUGAGAUCAUUAUUUAUACAUAAGACUUUUCAAAAGCAAAUUAUGUGAUGAUAAUUAUACAUAAUUAUGUUAUGUGUAGCUCAAUUGGUAUCGCACUGCGCUAUGAAGCGCAAGGUAGGGGGUUCGAAUCCCUGGGAACACAUGAAAGGUAAAAAUUUAUGGCCUGAAUGCACUGUAAGUCAUUUUUAAGCGUCUGCUAAAUGCAUAAAUUAGUUAAUUUAAUUUAAUGUUUUUGAGUCUCGACUCUCCCGUUGACAGAUGUCAGGUGGAACUCAAGUAAACUGAAUCUUUUCCAAGAAUAAAACCUAGCCAUAGAGCAACAGUUAAUCAAACAAACUGCAAAUCAAAUAUCAGUAGUUUAUUUGGUUUCCUCACUUGAUAAAUAGUGUCAUUACAUUCAUGUGAAAACUAUUUUACAUUAUAUACAUCGUCAUCAUUACCACAAACUUAACAGUCAAUCUUAACUGUAAAAACAGAAGUCCUACAUGUGGAUGUCACGAUCCUGAUUCUGGCUUCUCGUCCCGAGGGCUCAGUUUCCAGUUCUCUGUUUACUCUGUGGUGUGAUGUCACAAAAGUUUCCCGUUGCCAAGUCUUCAUUUAUACAGUUGUCUCAGUUUUAACCGGCAUCUUUUUUAUCAAGCACUGCAACAAGACACUCCGUUCCUUUUGAUACCUAUGUGUGAUCAAAUACAUCAAAGCCUUUCAUCUAACACGUUUCUUCAGAAGUAUAAAAGCCAUUUAUGUUAAUAUAAUAAAACAAAUGCAUUAAUUGCCUCAAUAGA